CAUGACGUGGGCGUGUCCCGGGGGGUGACGCAUGUACGGUGGCCGGACUGAGUCAGUCCGAGUUUCUCUCGACAGACCGCGCAGACACCGAUCAGAAGCUCCGAGCCCUCCUGCCAUGCAGACAGCCGACUCCCUCCUGCACAGCGGGUACUUCCACCCCACGCUGCGCUGCUGGCAGACAUGUGCCACCGAUCUGCACCCCAGCAACCUCAUCUACCCCGUCUUCAUCACGGACAGCCCUGACGCUGUGGAGCCCAUCGCUAGUUUGCCGGGACAGGCCAGAUAUGGGGUGAACAAGCUAGAGGCUAUGCUGCGCCCCCUGGUGGACAAUGGCCUGAAGUGUGUUCUCCUCUUUGGAGUUCCAGCCAAGAUUCCCAAGGAUGAGCGUGCCUCUGGUGCGGACUCUGAGGACACGCCUGUGGUUGUGGCCUUGAGCAAACUACGCACCACCUUCCCAGACCUGCUGCUGGCCUGCGAUGUCUGCCUGUGCCCCUACACCUCUCAUGGACACUGUGGGAUCCUGCGGGAGGACGGCUCCCUUGACAACGAGGCGAGCUGCCGGCGGCUGGCAGAGGUGGCCCUCGCGUACGCCAAGGCUGGCUGCCACAUCAUCGCUCCCUCGGACAUGAUGGACGGACGCAUUGGGGCGAUCAAGCAGGCCCUCCUCUCCCACGCCCUGGGGAACAAGGUGUCAGUGAUGAGCUACAGCGCCAAGUUCGCCUCCUGCUACUACGGCCCCUUCAGGGAUGCUGCCCAGUCCAAGCCUGCGUUUGGGGACCGACGGUGUUACCAGCUGCCUCCUGGGGCGCGUGGCCUGGCGCUGCGUGCCGUGGACCGGGACGUGAGGGAGGGGGCUGAUGUGCUAAUGGUGAAGCCAGGGCUGCCGUAUCUGGACAUUGUACGAGAGGUCAAAGACAAGCACGCAACCCAUCCCCUGGCAGUGUACCACGUGUCAGGAGAGUUCGCCAUGCUGUGGCACGGAGCCCAGGCUGGCGCCUUCGAGCUGCGCGCUGCUGUCCUGGAGGCCAUGACAGCCUUCCGCAGAGCAGGUGCCGACAUCAUCAUCACCUACUACACCCCCCAGCUGCUCAGCUGGCUGAAGGAGAUGUGACCUGCUGGCAGGCUGCCCUGCUCCUCUGCUCCUCCCCGGCGACAGAGGGACGGACACGUCUCUGGACACCGGGCUGGGCAACCUGCAUGGGUGGGGACCAGCGGGAGGAAUCCUUCCCGAGACUAACACUAGCAUCCAGACAAUCGACUGUAGAAACUAACCCCCUGUCUUGUUAGCUGCAGAACUAGUGUGGCUUGAGUCAUGUGUGUGUCAUGUGGGAGGCUGUGUGCUGAAUGGACAUGGAUCCUAACUGCAGCGGUGCCUUGAAUGUCAGAAAUAAAAUCAGAGCUUGUCGGAGA